CUCUCAUGUGGCGGCGUCCCCGGCUUCCCUGCGAGCGCGAGUCGUCCAUCCCUCCGGGUGGAGUUGGGUGUCGGAGCUCCAGCCCCUGAGACCUCCAGCACCUAAGGGACGGGACUAUGUCGCCCGCGGGUCCGGCUUCCAUUCCCCUAAGCGCCUUCCGGAGCCGGCGCGUGACCCCUAGUGCCCCGCCCCUGCCCGCCCUCUGGGCGGAGCUUCCUGAUCGCCGCCAGACUUAAGCUGAGGCGGGUUGACCCUCGGGCCGGGUGCGGAACUGAGACCUGGCCACCGUGUCCUGUUCACGUUCUGUGCUCGGGUCGAGGCGGCAAUGGCGGCUUCCUGCAUUCUGCACACAGGGCAAAAGAUGCCUCUGGUUGGUCUAGGUACCUGGAAGAGUGAGCCUGGCCAGGUAAAAGCAGCUGUUAAGUAUGCCCUUAGCGUAGGCUACCGCCACAUUGACUGUGCUGCCAUCUACGGCAACGAGACUGAGAUUGGGGAGGCCCUGAAGGAGAACGUGGGACCUGGCAAGGGGGUGUCUCGGGAGGAGCUGUUUGUGACAUCCAAGCUGUGGAACACCAAGCACCACCCCGAGGAUGUGGAGCCUGCCCUCCGGAAGACGCUGGCUGACCUCCAGCUGGAGUAUCUGGACCUGUACCUAAUGCACUGGCCUUAUGCCUUCGAGCGAGGAGACAACCCCUUCCCAAAGAAUGCUGAUGGGACAGUACGCUAUGACUCCACCCACUACAAGGAGACCUGGAAGGCUCUGGAGGCACUGGUGGCCAAGGGACUGGUGCGGGCAUUGGGCCUAUCCAACUUCAACAGCCGGCAGAUAGAUGAUAUACUCAGUGUGGCCUCGGUGCGCCCGGCUGUCUUGCAGGUGGAAUGUCACCCCUACUUGGCACAGAAGGAGCUGAUUGCCCACUGUCAAGCACGUGGUCUGGAGGUGACUGCUUACAGUCCCUUGGGCUCUUCAGAUCGUGCGUGGCGUGACCCUGGUGAGCCGGUCCUGCUUGAGGAACCAGUGGUCCUGGCUUUGGCUGAAAAGUAUGGCCGAUCUCCAGCUCAGAUCCUGCUCAGGUGGCAGGUCCAGCGGAAAGUGAUCUGCAUACCCAAAAGUGUCACUCCCUCUCGUAUCCUUCAGAACAUCCAGGUGUUUGACUUCACUUUUAGCCCAGAAGAGAUGAAGCAACUAGAUGCCUUGAACAAAAACUGGCGAUAUAUUGUGCCCAUGAUUACGGUGGAUGGGAAGAGGGUCCCAAGAGAUGCAGGGCACCCUCUGUACCCCUUUAAUGAUCCAUACUGAAACUGCAGCUUCUUGGCUUCCCUUUCAGCUCUCCAGCUAUGAGGUCCUGCCAGCUCUGCAAAGGAGAUAAUAAAGCCGUCAGAGCAGCCA